AUGACAUCGACACCUCGAAUUACCAAGCUCAACCACCCAAACAUUCAGGAAUUAAUGGAGAUAUUGCUGCAGCAGUUGGAAGACAUACGCAUUCAGGAGUCUCCUUCCUUGUCAGACGACAAGGAAGGAGACUCGGCAGACCCACUUCCCGGUGACUGCCUCUACCGGCUACCCAGUAUUCAGCCAUUUUUCUCUUCAUUAGUCAGAGAUGAUCACAGUGAUACCAUUGAUUUCGGAGAUGUGGACUCCUCAGUCUCCUCUCACCUCACCUCUCCUCUCACCUCUCAUCUCACCUCUCACCUCACCUCACCUUUCACCUCUCAUCUCACCUCUCACCUCACCUCUCACCUCACCUCUCACCUCAUCUCACCUCUCACCUCACCUCUCAUCUCACCUCUCAUCUCACCUCUCAUCUCACCUCUCAUCUCACCUCUCACCUCUCACCUCUCACCUCUCACCUCUCACCUCUCACCUCUCACCUCUCACCUCUCACCUCUCACCUCUCACCUCUCACCUCUCACCUCUCACCUCUCACCUCUCACCUCUCACCUCUCACCUCUCACCUCUCACCUCUCACCUCUCACCUCUCACCUCUCACCUCUCACCUCUCACCUCUCACCUCUCACCUCUCACCUCUCACCUCUCACCUCUCACCUCUCACCUCUCACCUCUCACCUCUCACCUCUCACCUCUCACCUCUCACCUCUCACCUCUCACCUCUCACCUCUCACCUCUCACCUCUUAUCUCUCCCUGCCACUUCCGAGUGCGCCAGCAGCGAGCGCAUCAUGCGGGCAUCCAGUUAUUAUUUGCUUGAACGCAGAACUAGUCGCUAA